UACUUACCUACGUAGGUAUAUUAUAUGCCACGGGGGUGGUGGCAAGCCUCAUUUUCUAAAUUUAUUUAAAUAGGUACGAGUAAGUUGGCUUUUGAUCACAAGCAAACCCGAAGAAUGCACAUGCAAUCUAUGAUGAAGUGCGAUUAACCAGAAAUGCAGAACAUGUUUAUAUCGCACCUUGAAAGCCUCUGACUUCAGGAAAACUGACAUCAAUGGGGAUGGGGAAUUAUUUUUUGGACGUGGCAAACCUCAUGGUGUGGAUAAUGGGUAUGUUGGUUGACCAUAAGGGUGGUUGAUGUGGUAGUAUGUUGUCUUGAGGUAAGUAUAUUUAAUGAGCUCCCUCUCCCAAAUAGAGUGGUUUAAAAAACCGCGACUGUAAACUGUUUAAAUUCAGUUGUUUAAGUUAAGAUUUGUUGAAGGUGUAUGUAGCUACUCUACUUAUAAAUUGUUUAAUAUUUUGUUGAAGCUAACAACGAAAGUGUAUAAAGCUCUAGAAAAUCCAUAAGAAAAACGUUAGAGAAUAGAAAAACAAUUAUUUUGCACAUAAAUAUUGCCUGCAAAACAAACUUUUUGGAAACCUCUAUUUCUGGCAUCCUCUGGCAAAUCUUGUCGGUUUUCAAAUUUCGCAAGUGUCUGUCAGUGUCAGAAAGACUGCUAAUGUAAAAUAAUUUAAAUUAAUACAAAAAUUGUUAUCUUUACGUUUAGGUUUGUGAAAAUGAGAAGCAGUGGCUUAGUAUUGUUUACGUGUGCUGGGCUGUUGCUCAGUGGUGGGGCGAUCCUGGGCGGGUCGACGGCAUGGAGCCUGUUGCGCAUCUCUUACUACUUCUGGACGACUGACCUGGGCGUGGAGCUGGGGUCUAGCGUGCUGUUCGUGGUGGGGGCACUGCUGUGCCUGCCCGCCUGCUGGCUCUGCACCAUCGUGCCCUACCACCCUAAGGGGCUCACGCUCAUGGCCACGCUGAUGACCCUGGUGACGGUGGCGAUGCUUAUGCUCUCACUGGGGCUGUCGUCUGUAGCGGGCUUGUCGCGCGCAGUGCGUGAGCCGGCGGCACUCAACUCUAGCAUGCUGCGGGCUAUGUCGAGAGACGCACACGACCCCGCUGUGAAGAGCUCCUUCGCUGCUAUGCAGAUGGAGUUGCGGUGCUGCGGAGUGGUGUCGUACACUGAUUGGUACCAGCACCGCCGGGCGCUGCCACCGUCCUGCUGCGGCCGCGUAUGGAAUGGAAAGCGUGGAGAUCAGUGUAAUGUUCCCUUGCAUGUGACGGGCUGCCUUAGACCCGCACUUAUCGAGCUUCGUAGCUAUGUCAACGCGCUCUCUGCCCUGGCUUCUGCCAUCAUCAUGGUUUUGGGCGUGACUCUGUUUACGACGGCGUACGCAGUGGUGUGCAGCGUGGUGGAGCGCGAGCCGCGGCACAAGCCGCAGCCGCUGCGCAUCGCGUGCCUGACGCCCGGCGCGUGCCUCGCCGCCGCGCCCGCCGCCGCCCACGUGUUCGCGCCGCCCAUGUGAGCACGCCUUUACACGCGGUGGACGGUGAGCUGCCCAGCUUAAAAAUAUUCAGCGAUAUUUGACAAAGCCUUUGUGAAAUCUAACUCGACGCUUGGUAGCUGUUGUCCUCUAUCACCGCGUUUAAAGAUUAUGAAUCUUCAACAAGCCCAUCCUCCGUCUCUUGUAAGCUAUUUAAGUUAUUACAAAUUGUAAAUGUGAUGAUCUAAUUUAAUUCUUGAUGCGUAUGUGACCGAUACAAUUCGUAAAAUUCAUAAAUUAAUGUUAUAUCAAAUAAAUAUUGUUGUUACUUA